GUAAUAUUACAUGGCGUUCUUCCACUACAACCUUUUUCUAUCAAGAUGUAUUCGAACGAUGCUCUAUCAAUGUUGAAACCAUUGAAAAAAAUUUCGAUUUAUCGUAUAUUACAGAUAAUAGCUAAAGAUGAAGUCGAAAAAAAUUGUCAUGAAUUUAUCAAUUGUUUUCUCAAAAACUAUCAACUAACUGAAGACAAUCAACUUAAAUCACCGAAAUCUUGGAACAUCGAAAUAUCAGAAAAUUCAAGUAUAGAAAUUUAUCGAGCUCUUACAAAGCACAUCAUUCUACCGAGAGUUUCAACUACGACUAUCGAUGUUUUAAGAAUGAAUGUUUCAUCAUUGUUUUUUGAUAUAAAUUACUCAACGAUUCUAAGCAAUAAUCUUGAGACUGUUGUGAAAAACCAUAGAAACCAAUCAGACGAAAUUAUAAAAGUUGCAGCGAGUCUUUCUCGAAAGUACUGUAGCAUAAAGAACGAACAUAAAGACUACCGUGAUUGUUACCAGCGUAUUGUGUGGGCAUCUGUUUCUGGUAUGUUGGAUCAUGUUGUGCUUUGGUGGUCUCACGAAGGGCUUGCAAUUUCUAACAGUCGUGACACACAUCAUCUCAAAAACUGGCUUCAUCGAUUUCUUCAAUCGCCUGAUAGUAAAUUACUAGAAUAA